UUCCACCGGUCCGUGAUGAUGACCCAAAACCUUACAGCAAUGCUGGAGCUCCAAUACCUGCUGGUCCUCACCGCGUCCGUCGCCGGCGCCUCGCUGGCCGAGAUGGUGUUCCGGUGCCCGGUGUGCACCAUGGAUCGCCUGGAGCUCUGCCCGGUGCUCAGCGAGCCUUGUGCGGAGAUCGUGCGAGAGCCCGGCUGCGGGUGCUGCCCGGUGUGUGCCCGGCAGGAGAGCGAGGCGUGCGGCGUGUACACCCCGAGGUGCGCCGCUGGCUUGCGGUGCUACCCGACGCCGGACUCGGACCUUCCCCUGGAGCAACUGGUGCAGGGCCAGGGCCAGUGCCGGCGCAUCGUGGACACCGACACUGUGAGCCAGGAGCACCCGGAACAGACCAGCGAUGAAGCGGUGGCAAUGUUGCCCGAGCCGGGCCCGGGCGAGGUCCACAUACCCAGCAUGGACACCACCUGGAUGGGACCCAAGGAGAGCGCUGUGCGACAACACCGUCAGGAGAUGUUGGCCAAGAUGAAGACCAACAAGGUGGAAGAGACAAAACCUUCAAGGGCCAAACAGACUCAAUGUCAACAGGAGCUGGACCAGGUGCUGGAGCGGAUCUCCAAGAUGCCUUUCCGAGAUAAUCGCGGUCCCCUGGAGGACCUUUAUGCCCUGCACAUUCCCAACUGCGACAAGAGGGGGCAGUAUAACCUCAAACAGUGCAAGAUGUCUCUUUAUGGCCAGAGGGGCGAGUGUUGGUGUGUAAGCCCCUACACCGGCCGACCCAUUCCGGAAUCCCCCACUGUGAGGGGCAACCCCAAUUGCAACCAGUACCUUCCCGAGCUGGAGCUGGAGUUGGCCAACAUGGAGCAGAUGUAAUUAAAAAAUAUAUACUUUUUAAAACCCCAAAAGGAACUGUGAAGCACAUGGAAACAAAGAACAGCAACAAUGAGUAAGCGAUCUAUAUUGUCUGUAGUGGAGGUCUUAGUCAUGAAAAAGUGUAGGAUCACGCCUGGAGCACAGCAUCAUUCUCUCUUUGAGUGUGUGUGUGUGUGUGUUGCAGCCUGAGAGUGUGUGAUGGUAAAUUAAACAUAAUAAAACACAU